AUGGAUUCAAAAAAUAUGAAGUCAAUAGCAAAGAAAAACGAUAAAAUUACUGUGCAAAUCGAAGAUUUGGGUAUUUUAAAUACAUGUCUUUCCGGUAUUAUUAUGGGAUUUAUUGCUUAUAACUUCUCAUUUUCUAUAGUACCAGCAGUUUUUACAUUAACUGCUCUUUGUUUUGGAACAAAAUCAUUAAUUACAAUAUUCGCGACUGCUUUUGCACAAUUAACUGCUGGAUAUAUUCAUACACAUGCUUCACGAAUGGGUAUCGCUAUAAGUACACAUAUUUUUCAUGGUUUUUAUAUUAAUAAACCAGAAAUGCGAAAUAGACGACUAUAUGCAGAAACAAGAUAUCAGGGUCUCAAACGUUUCUUCUUCGGUGCUCCACUAAAUGCAAUUGUUUUAAAUUUUAUGUGGCAAACAUUUACUAUUUUUUAUAUUACACAAACUACUUUAUUCUUAAGAUAUAAAGAUAAUUUAGUAUCAGAAACACACGUUCUUAUUAUACAUGGAAUUACACGUUAUAUAGCAGGUUGUUUAUCUGGAAUGAGUACUGGAUUAAUAAAUCAUUCAUGGCAACGAUAUCUUGCACAUAAGAAAAUUCCACAUGCUAUAUUAAAUACAAAUAAAGCGAAAUUAAAAUUACAAUGGAAAGAUCGAAAAAAAUUAUUAAGUCCAUCAAAUAUGGAAAAUUGGAUAAAAGUAUCUGUAAUGAUUGCUGGUGCAUCAUUUAUCGUCCUUAGUAAUAUACCAAAUAUAACUGAGUUACAUCUACUAAGUACACGUCAAAAAAGAUUGAUUACUGAUCUUCUUGUGAUUAAUGGUGGUUGGUUUUUCAUUCGAGAUAGUGCCAUGAUUCUUUUUAAAAAAGCUGAAAAACCGCAAAUGAUUCCAAUGAAUACGAUAAAAUCAUCAUCUACCAGUGAACAAAAUGAUACGAUAGACAACGAACAAUCAACGAUGCUGCCAAAUAUGGCUUAA